AUGGCUAUCUCAUCAAAACAAACGUAUGGCCAGCUUUUGUCACGAUCCCAGAAGAAGCGAAUCGACACGUGGAUCAACAACCUACCGUACGACUGGCAACUAGACAGCGCAAAUACAGCGCUUCUAGCUCCUGCGGCGGUAUACGAAGAUUGGCUUGAUUGGGCAAAGCCCAGGGCCCUCUCAUGGCUCGCCAGACUGGACAAAUACGAAAGGCGGUUUCGAGUCGCUGGAAUCACCUACCACAAGGUUCCCUCGAAAGCCGUGGAGCAGAGUGUGUGUUCACGGCUCAGCCAAAUGUUCGAAAUCGGCCGCCCGCGCUCUGAAGAGCCGUUCUUUCACCCAUGGGACGAAAUCUUCGACGCUGCCUAUGCGGUAUUGCAGAAAUGGGUAAUAUCAAGAGGCACUGCUCCGGAGAACGUCGAUCUCCUUCGCGAGCUGGAAGCUGAAUGUGAACUCACGCUGUCGCAACUGGCGAAACCUCUCCGGAAUCUGGAGGCUGGACUGGUAUGGGUGGAGGAGCAAGUAGCGAAGCUCGCCGAACGCUCCGAUCUUGAUGGAACUGAGGCGCUGGCCGCUAAGCACAGUCGCGAGGGUAACAUGUUUCGGAUGUGGGUACAGACCUUUCUGGAAAUUGAGCAUGGGGUGGUGAAGUCGAAGUCUGCGUAUACGGAAGCUUUUGUUGAUGGCGUGGUGGAAGACGAGGACAUUGCGAAAGACGCGUACUGGACUAUGUUGGCGGUUACUGAAGUCGAGGGUUGGUGA